AUGCCCUCUGAAGUCCCCGCACAGACAGUGCGAGCGGCGCUAUCAACGACGACAGAUACGACCCCCAGCGGCUCUCCCACGCACGCCGCUCUUGUCUCUAACGAGCAACGUACAGGACAAAACAAUGCCAGCACUCACGAACUGCCGAACACUCCGGAGACUGAGAGAUCAGCGAGCGAAGGAGUGGCGACUCCAACAGAGAGCGAAAAAGGCGCGAACGGGACUCAAAAUACAGGCAACAGAGACCGGAUCGGGACGACGGAGGCGGCCAUCAAAGCACAAAAUGGAGAUAUUAAAGCUACAGGACAACCGAAAGAACAGGUCAGCGCUGCAACAGGACAAACAGAGCAGAAGAGUGUGAAAAAGUGGUUCGAUGUGCUGCCGAUGGUGUUGCAGAACUUUAAGGCGCAAGAUCGCGAACAGAUCCGACAGUUGAUGCUGCCACGUUGCGAGCUGUGCAAACGAGGCAAAGUGGAUAAGAAGGCGGAGUGCCAACUAGACCACGUCGCGUAUUGGUGUGCAGAGUGUGACUUGCAGCUCUGCAAAGAUUGUUUUGAGCAGAUCCACAGUGUCCCCAGGACUAGAGGCCACCGCAAACUUGCAACUGAAGAUGCACCCGGAACGUGUUUAGGAAAGUCACAUUGGGCUUCGAAUUUCCAGAAGGUGAUCUUUCAAAUGAUUACAGCGCGGAAACGUCCACCUCCAGUGUCCAAUGGCAGCUCUGCCGACAGUGUUGGGGUCAAACGGAAGCGCGAUGUUGACGUGAUCGUUAUUGAUGGCUCCGACGACGAGAAACCUGACGAUUCAGUGAUGAAGAGCGCCCAAGCAAAGUCGACGCUUGCCAAUGGAAACUCAGGCCAACAAGGUGGCAAUACAGGGAAUCAGCAACACAGCAGCACAACACGAAGCGGGCUGUCGCGUUCCAGUGAACUCUUCUGCCAGCUUCAAGUCCCGUUGCCGCCAGCUUCUAUUAACCCGCCUUUUCAAGCUCCAGCGGGUAUGAUGGAGCCUAUUCCGCUCUCGCAAGCGCAAACCCAAGCGACUUCAACGCCCUUGCCUUCACCUGAUGCAGUACAGACUAGCGCAGCGUACACAGCGUCGAACACUGUCGAUAUCAGCUCGAGUAUGGGGUGGAACGGCAGUGCGUCUCAGUGUGGAGCUCCAGCAGCGAUGGGGAAUGCGAACGGCAGCGCAGCCUACACGUCGAGUGUCAUGAGCAACGGGAUGAGCACAACGGACGGAAUGUGGUCCACAACGUCUGCCAUCAGCACAGAUUUGGUCAGCGCGUCCAAUGUCAGUACUCUUCUACCUCUCGGAGGCGCCGUCUUUGCUGAGAACGCGCUGGUUGACUCGUUAGUGGACCGGUAUCACGAGGUGAACCAGAACGUGGCGAAUAUGGAGCGACAGACGGAACAGCUGACCAGGCAUAUCGCAGUCGCCACGUGCCAAGGACCGUAUGUGGCGGGGCCGAUCAUGGCAUUGCUGAGCAAGCUACAGCCUAUACUGGAGGCAGCGCGAGUGCGGCGAGACAAGCUGCUGAUCGCCAUGAUUAUCCAGUCCAAGGACAUCAUGGCGUGUGUGCGGGUGCUGCGUCUGGCAGAGCUGGGCGACGUGCCUCAAGUUCCCAUGAUUAGCCACCGCAAGUGUCUGCAGAUAUCGACCGAGAUCAACCAUCACAAGACGAAGCUCAUCGAGUUGAAUCAGCAUCUCAGUGAGACGCUGACGCAGUCCAGUGCAGUAAGCUCUAGCUGGGAGAGCACCUUCAUCCGAACGACUAGUACGAAUAUCCAGAUGCACGAGAAGAGUAUCAAGGAGCUGAAAAAGGCCCGCGAGGUCGAGUUUGUGCGCAUUGUGCAGUUCAGUCUCAAGAUCCGCGAAGGACUCAAGGCUGCGUUCCAACGCACUGUAGAUAUCCAGCGUCAGCAGCAACGACAGGACUUUCAGCAGUAUGGAUAGUUUUUUUCUUUCUGCUUUUGCAGCGCUAGGCAAACGGAUUAUUUAAUGGCAACACAAUGCACUUGUGUUAACCAUGUUGGAA